UGACAUUAUAGAGAUUGACGUGGCUUCAGGAACGCAUUGUGCUUUUAUAAAACGCCGAGGAAAACUGUACAGAUUAUGAAUAGUGUCCUGGCUUAGUGCACAGCGUUAUACAUUCUCGCCUGGCGCCGCUACACAACCCGGAACGCGGAGCAGAAGGACUUGUGUUUGUUAUUGAAUUUUUCUCUCCAGUAAUACGUCGAAAAUCUCGGAAACGCACAUGAUUUAGGUGGUUUGGAUGCCGCUGGGAGACUUAGUAAUUCAUGUGCUUUACCACACCGGAGGAUUAGUGCGUAGCAGUGCCGGGGAGGGCCUGGGGCGGCGGUGUGUGUGCGGGGCCGUGGCGGGGCCAGCCAUUACCACCAGGCAGCCUGUAAUAUACACUCCUGCCUCCUGCCUGCCGCUUCAUCCACGCACGCGGAUGAAAUAACUGACGUACAUCCAACACAGCAAGUGGUUUUUGAUGACUAAGGCACUUUGUCCAGCUCUACAAGUCAGUUGCAAGAAAAUUCCACAGUAUGGCAACAGCUGGACCAAGUAGCAGUAACAGCCACAGUGAAAGCAGCAACAAUGCCUCAGGUGGUGCAGAGGGCGGGGAGGAGGAGGCUCCAGAUAAUUCCAACUUUGAAUGUAAUAUCUGCUUGGAUACAGCCAAGGAUGCUGUCAUCUCCAUGUGUGGGCAUCUUUUCUGCUGGCCCUGCCUUCACCAGUGGCUGGAGACAAGGCCAAACAAUCAAACCUGCCCUGUGUGCAAGGCAGCCAUUUCCAGAGAUAAGGUGAUUCCUCUCUAUGGACGAGGCUCUGGAAACCAGCAGGAUCCAAGAGAUAAGCUGCCACCCCGCCCUCCAGGCCAACGCACAGAGCCUGAACCCCAGAAUGGCUUUAUGCCAGGCUUUGGGUUUGGAGAUGGUGGGGGGUUCCAGUUUCACUUUGGCAUUGGUGCCUUUCCUUUUGGAAUAUUUACCACUUUCAACAACUGGGGUGGUGGAGCUGCAGUACCUCCAGCUCCUGGGACACAACAAUACCAAGAGGAGAGGUUCCUGUCCCAAGUGUUGAUGGCAAUGGCCCUUUUGUUUCUCUUCUGGCUCAUCCUUGUGUGAGGUGAAACUGGGUGUGAAUGUUGGUACAGAAGUUAGAUGAGCAGAACAAGAUGAUUGUUAUUCUUUUGAUUGCUUUUUGUGUCUUCAGUGUACAUGAGCCAAAUGGAAAUGUGGUUCCUGGGAUUUUAUUUGCUUUAACAGAAAUUUCCUCCCCUUUGAUGAAAUCAUUAUGAUGCUGAUGGUUUUUCUUGUGCAUCAGAGAUAUAUAACUAUGCAGAUUUUAAUAAACAGGAUUUUUUGUGUAAGAUACCCAGAGAAAAUGGAAGGUUUUCUUGUUGAUACUUUCAGUAGGUUGGGGUUUGCAUGUUGGUGCCUCCAGUGGGUAUUAAUUGAAAAUCCUGUUCAUUGGACCGGGAACUCAUAUGUUUGCUAACAAACCACCCGUGUGCUGUCUGCUGUAGUCCUUUAAUUUUACCAUUUUCCAAAACAGCAGCUUUUGUUUAAACUUAAAGGUCUAUAAUAUUUGUACAUUGUGGGAGGUCUGUAAUGCUCUAUGGGAUGUCAGGUUGUAAAGUUUCUUAUGUGAUCAUAGGGGAACCAGCCUUUAGUUAGUUUUCCUUCAUUUUACUCCUUGGCUGAAAAGUUUUUCUUCCCCAUUCUUUUGUAUUUAACUUUUUUCAUUAGGUAUUCUGUUCUGCAUAUUGAAUAAGGGAAAAAUGGUUAUGUGUGGUCAGGAAUGAUCUUUCCAGCUACGAGAAUUUACUAUUACCACAAAUAAAUUACUUCAUUGUAUCACAAUCCAAAAGUACGUUAGAUAAAGAAUGUAAAGCCACUGGGUGACAAACUUUAAGAUAAACAAAUCCUGCACAUGUAUAUACACAAAUGACAAGUGCUGACUUUGCAUGAUUGUCAAGCUAAAUACACAGAGGCAUUUAUUAUUUAACUAAUUCAAAACAAAUCUAUUUCAAAUGAAGUUCCAUGGAAAUUGAUUUCUCACUUCAACUAAUGGUGAUAUAAAAUUAUCUUGUCUGAUAAUGGUGUUAUAAUGAAGCUUCUUUUAUCAACACUAAUCAACAUGGUUAAAAUGAGCCUCCUAUCUGCUGAUUGCUGAAAGUAAAUAUAUUUUGUAUGCAACUAAUGGUAAUAUAAAAUUAUCUUGUCUGAUAAUUGGUGUUAUAAUGAAGCUUCUUUUAUCAACACUAAUCAACAUGGUUAAAAUGAGCCUCCUAUCUGCUGAUUGCUGAAAGUAAAUAUAUUUUGUAUGCUGGAUUAAUUUGUAUUUUUCACUAGUGAUGCAAGAAACUUUUUUUCUCUGCUGUGUAUCUGUAGUCAUUCCACUACCCUUGCCAAGUGGAUAUCACCUAAAAUAAAUAGUUUAUCAUAACUGUUAAUAAUAAAUAUAAUGCUGCAACAGGAAAUCAUGAACUACCAUGACUAAAACAGAGAUGUUAAUUAUCUGUGCUCACACUAUGAGUACUAACUUAUAGAGAAACUGGACAAACAACUGUUGGCUUUAGCCACUGAUGUCAAUCACAUUAUGUGCUCUUAAGGUCUGUAUAAAUUUUGGUUGACUGUCCAGGAGGAUAAGAAACAAAUUAGGACAGAUACGAUAGUAUUCUUUACCAAAUGAUCAAUGACAUCGUGGUAAACCUAACCAAGAAAGUGUAACAGUACAAGGCAAAUGGUGAAUGGUGUAUGACCCAGGUGGUGUGAUGCUGAACUGCUUGUUACUUGCUGCUCUGUCAAACUGGAAAAAAAAGGUGUUGCUUGGCUACUCAAAUAGCUUGACAUUAUGAAAAAUAUUUUGAGUUAGUAGAAGGCAUCUGGUAGGUGGUAUAUGUCACUGUGUAGUCAUUUUGUUCUUCUACCGUUCUUAUACCUUUUUGUCAAUGCUGUCCUGCAUCUAUAUCAUAUAGCACAAGCUCUGUAUUCCUCACAAAGCCAUUAAGAGAUGACCUAGGAUCUGUAAUUUUUAUAAUUUCAAAUCUAAGUUAUUCUGACAGGGUCAUGAGGUGUUCUUCCUAAAUUUGACAGUGGUACAAGUAGAAUUAGUGAAAGCCUUUUAAAUUUGAGUAAUUGUUCUUACUUAGUACACCAAUGUUCAGAAAAAAGGAGCAUAAGCCAACCUGACUGAAAAACUUAUAUUCCUCUGUUUGCCAAAGUCUAACAAGUUGUUCUUAAAGAAGUCCAUGUAAUGCAUUAUAAACAGUUUUGACAAAGGUUUUUCUGCAGCCAUGCCUUUGCCUUCAUCUGUUUAGUAACUUGCUUGCAAAGUGCUAUCAAGUCAUCAGUGUCCAUUUAAACAUUUUGAUCCAGCAUUGAAUAGACUAUUGGCUAUACACGCAACACCACACUCAGCCACCCAGAGAAGUUUCUAGGAGAUACUCCUAGACAGUUCUCUGGGGUGUCAACGAGAUCACAAAUAUGACUAAAUACUAAAAAAGUUUGUAUGUAGAAAAACUUUUUGUUGGAGGUAUCAUACAAUUGUACAUUAGUACAUUACCACAUUAUGAAAGGUUACUUGGGUAAAGCGUCACUGUUGCCAUGGGGAUGCACACGAGGGGCCUCUAGCGGCAAAGAGACGAACUGACUGCUUCCAGUCUAUUCAGCAGAAACAAAUUUAUAUCUAUCCAGUACAUGACACACACACACACACACACACACACACACACACGCACACACACACACAACCCAGUGGUGUAGAGAUUAACACCUUUGGCUCAUAACUGAGGAUAUCAGAGUUCAGAUCCUGUGCCAGUCCAACACAAUUUGGAUAUAUUUCCUUUCAUAUUAAUGCUCCUAUUUGCCUCACACAUGGUAGCCUAAGAUGUAAGUUGAGUUAGGACACCAUCAGGCAAAAGUAGGACAACACUCCUGCCCUUUGCCUAGUAUGAAUGGAAUGUGAAGCAGAAAUGGAGACCGAACAACAUGUACAAGCUCAUUUUGUAUACAAGUAGUUAAAUAAUAUAAGAACACACAAAUGCAUGAUAUAAAUAUAUAUAUCUAUAUAUAGAUAUAUAUAUAUAUAUAUAUAUAUAUAUAUAUAUAUAUAUAUAUAUAUAUAUAUAUAUAUAUAUAUAUUUUCCCUUGUUACUCACAUUUUCAGGACAUGUGGUGGGCCCAGUUCUACUAACUGCUAAUUAGCAAUGCUAACUUUUCCAGAACAUCAGCAUUUCUGCUAACUUUGGAACCUGUUAACAGACAAAUUAAGGUGAAGUUAUGGGCAUAUGCUAUAGCUACACAUGGCCUCAGUACUUAUUUCAGUCACAUUGUCCUUUGAGCCUGUGGUCGGAAUAACCAGUUACCCCGAGAAACAGGGCCAGUGUGAUAUCUGGGUUACCAUGGUUUACCUUCCUCAGGUUUUUUCAGGUACCCAUUUAUUGACCAACCUGAAAAGAAGGAUGAACACUUUGAAUAUGCAUGUCAAAUAUUUGGCCCAGGAUUUAGAACUUCAGCUUUAGGUCUGUUUUGUGUUUUAGACUGCAGUCCAAAAUAAACAAACCAAAGCUAAAUUCACAUAAUAAAAGUGAAAUAUUAUCAUUAGAUUCACAAUUGUUUUAUCAGUGGUUUAUUGUUAGCCAAAUUAAUUUUUUUGUUAAUGGAUGACCAGUUAUGAAAGCAAAUCUUUCAGUUAGCUGUGCCCACCAUUGCCAUUUUGAUAAUUACUCUAAAGGCAGUGUCACACUGGCAAUUUUCCUCCAAUCGUUGGGGCUAUGGGCAACCACGGUUGCCCAACCGGGAAUGAGUUGUCAGUUGUCCGUACGGAUGGAAAAUAGUUGGGGAUAUGAGCAACUGCGCGGCUGUAUGUAAACUAACAACAAUGGCAGUGGCUGAGGAGUGAGGAGCAGUAGAAAGUGGCCUACUAAGAGACUUGUAAAGUGGACUGGCAGAGCUCCUUUGUUUACUCUUUUAUUGACAAGAUAAGAGACACCCUGUGCUGUGGGACCACAGUUCAAAAACUUUUUUCUCCAUUCUAUGAAAAUUGUAGAAGUACUCUCAGCCGCCUUCCUUCCAUUUAACUGCAGCAACAAGUCCAUAACUUGGGUAAUGACAUCUUAAGCUGCAACAGCCCUUACUUUAGCAGACGGUGCCAUGUUGAUACAGGGUGACUGCUUUGUUUAUGUUGUGGAUACGGGCAACUGACCUUCGUCAUGUGUUACGCACACCCAGAAAAGUUGGAGUUGCUGGUUGACCCUACUGCCAACGCGGUUGGAGGAAAAGGGCCCAGUGUGACACAACCUUAAGCAACAAUAGUCUCAACUUUUGAUAGGUGUGGCACAUGCACAUUGCAAGCUCGUGAUUGGAUGAAAAUCAGUGUUCUAUAUUGUUAGCUACUUGUGGUAAAUAUUAACCCCUUCACUCCGGCAACGCCAACGUCGGCGUCCGACGGCGUCACCGUAUGGAAAGGGUUAGUCCUCUUCUAAACCUCUUAAUCCUCUUCUAAACCUCUUAAGAGAAAAUGGAGGAGGAUUAAGAGGAAUUUAGAGGAGGAUUGAGAGGUUUAGAAGAAGAUUAAUCCUCUUCCAUUUCCUCUUGACCCUUUCCAUACUGUGACGCCGACGUCUGCGUCACGGAUGGAAAGGGUUAAAGCUAUUUCUUCAGUAUUUUAUUUAAAUGUUUAUUUAUACAAAGAACCCUCACUUUCUUAUAUAAAUACCAAGCAUGCAUAUUUGCAUUGAUAAUAUACCAUACAAGCACUUAACAGACGUAUCAAGCAGUACAGUCACGUCAUACAAGAACAAACAAUAGGCUUUAGAAAUAUCUAUGCAUCAUCAUCAUCAUUUUGUUUAACAUCCAUUUUCACUUUUCCUGAGCGGUUGGAUGCAUACAACUUACAUAUCUAUGCACUAUCUCAGUACUUAAAUAUCUAUGCACUAUCUUAUUUCAGGUACAUAAAAAUGUAAGUGCAAAUAAAAGGUAGUAUAAUCAUUCAUUGCACGUAAAUCACAUGGAUGAUAUUCAAAAUAGCUGAUCAUCACAUUCAACAAUAUUUCUUGCUAUUUUGAAUAUUAAUAACCCAUGUGAUUUACAUACAGCUGCCUUUUAGUUACACUUACAGAGUUAUAUGUCUUAUGUACCUGAAAUGAAAUAGAGCAUAGAUAUUUUAACACUCAUUGUUUGUUUGCAUAUUAUCUGACCAUACUGUUUGAUACAAGUUUUUUUGUGUGUAUGCUUGUAAGUUGUAUGUUAUAUUAUUGAUGCAAAUUGGCAUGUUUGGGACUUAUAUAUGAAGGUGUGAGGGUUCUUUGUACAAAUUAACAUUUAAAUAUUUGCCACAGAUAGCCAACGCAAUAGAUCACAUUGAUUUUCAUCCAGUCACGAGCUAGCAAUGCACAUGUGCCACAUCUAUGCUCAUGAAUGGGCAGAUGGAAUUAAACUAACUAUAGUUGCCUUUUAUGAAAUACAGUGGAAAAUACAUACAUGAAGGACAUUGGAAAAUGGCUUUUUCCUACAGUGAACUAAUAAUGGCUAAGAAUAUAUAUAUAUAUAUAUAUAUAUAUAUAUAUAUAUAUAUAUAUAUAUAUAUAUAUAUAUAUAUAUAUAUAUAUAUAUAUAUAUAUAUAUAUAUAUAUAUAUAUAUAUAUAUAUAUAUUCAGCUUUAAAUUGUCUAAAUGGCACCUCAAAGCAUUUUGUUAUGGGUCUUGAGUUUUUAUAUAUCCUAUGCAGGAAGUGUGUGGGUAGUUUUCUUACAGCUAGUUGUUCUGUGGUGUAUAAUGUCUACACACCAUCGAGGAUGGGGCCACGCAAGUUUUCUGUAAUUUGUAGUCGGUAGUGAAAGAAUAAGGGUGAUGUGAUACAUAUGGAUAUACUUAUUUUCAUAAUUCAACUAUUAAAAUGACCAGUGUGGGAUGAAAGAUGGAGGUUUGCCUUUUUAUAUUUAUUGUAAGAAAACAGGACUGUUCCUCUGCAGGCUUUCACAGUUUUUGAAAGUUAAUAUGUAACUUAAGAUAUACUUUAAUUCUAUUAAUACACUGUCGUGUACAUUGGUAGGGGAUAGUCAUGUCUCGCUUUAGUCAACCCCAUGAGACAUUCCACUGUAUAUGUAAAGUAGAAGGUUCAUUCAUUUUGUAUACUGUUGUAUCUCAUGAGAUGCUGCUGAUAGGAGCUUUCCUGUGACCUUAAUACCAUUUCCAUGUUCCCCGUCUUACUCAUUACUUUUUUUUACAUUAUUCAUCCCUGAAAGUAAUUCUUUUUACAUUUUACAAUGAUUAUGUUUAGUGACUACUGGUGAGGGACUUGAAAGUGUCCUUCCCAUUGCUCACAAUUAGGUUGUUUUACAAAUUUUCUCUUUUUACCCAAAUAUUAUAGUGUGUGUGUGUGUGUGUGUGUGUGUGUGUGUGUGUGUGUAAAUAAUUUUCUUUGUCUACAAAUCCUGUAAGUUAAAAACUUUUGUGGUUGGUUAAUGAUGUAAAAACUUAUAUUUUAUGUAAGUUGUAUACCAAGAUAAUAUAUAUAUAUAUAUAUAUAUAUAUAUAUAUAUAUAUAUAUAUAUAUAUAUAUAUAUAUAUAUAUAUAUAUAUAUAUAUAUAUAUAUAUAUAUAUAUAUAUAUAUAUAUAUAUAUAUAUAUAUAAGAUACUGUACAUGUUUUAUUGGAGUCUGCAGCAGAGAGUAUUGUUUAAAUUUUUGUCAGUUUGUUUGAUUCAUCAUACGAGAAACCGUUGCUGGUCCCUCAGUGUGACGAGUAGGUGUCUGUAAUCCAUGUUCCUAAGAUGUCCUUUAGUCUACAUAGUAGAGAUCUUCAUUGGUAGCAUGACACAGUUGUGACAGGAGGCUUAAAUUGGUCAGCUGUUGAAUGUUGAUGGUGGCUGCGUUGAUGUAGAUGUUGAUUGCUUUUUUCAUCCUCCAUCCAUCUUCUUUCAUCCUUCUUUCAUCCUCAUCCUUUGUCAGGUUCUUUAUGGAAAAUUAUGGGGUGGUCUUAAGGUGUUGCCUAUUGAACACUAAUGCAUAUUUUGCAAUGCUGUGGUGUGGAAUUUUGCCAUCCUAUAGAUGAGUGGUAAUUCUUCUUAAUAAGGUGGUGUGGUAGAGAUGAUAAAAAAUUACCACUCACUUACAAGACAGCACGAUUCAAUGCCACAGCAUCACAAAACCUUUACCAGCACUGGACAGAAACAUCUAGAAGACCAGACUGUAAUUAAUUAAGAAUUAAGAAACUGACAAAGCACAGUUGAGUAUGACAGAAGUAGUCAACAUCAACACACCCACCAUCAACAUUCAACAGUUGACUGAGUCAAGCCCCCUGUCAAAACAGUGUGCAAUACACCUGCUGAGUGCUGCCACGUGCUUGUCCUCAGAUAGUGCAGAUAUACCUGCUACCUAACCACUUGCCUUCAUCUGCUAUCCAUGAAAAAGGUCUACUAUAUAGACCAAAAGACAUCUUAGGAAAAUGGAUUACAGACACCUACUUACCAAACUGAGCAACCAGCAAUGGUUUCUCCUAGGAAUAAAAAAACAAACUAACUACAAGUUGACAAUGCUGUUUGGAUAAUGGUGGGUGCCAGUGUGCAUUGGAGGUGAUGUAUGUAUUUGGUGAAUGAUAAUAGCUGGAUAUGUAUCAUUACGACUACUUUCAAGCUGUAAACCUGUUAUUUAUAUUAUGUCAUUAUGUCUGAAGCACUUAUGUAUUGUACAUUGAUUAGAGGAUGGCUCUGCUGAAUAAUCUUGAAAUAAGGGCCUUUUUUGUCUUCAGUUUAUCAUGGUAACAUAUGAUAUGCCUGCACUUUAAAGUAUCAUUAAUUUCAUUUUCAUGAAUUUGAAGCUACUCAGUGCAAAGAAUAUUAGAACAUUAAAAUUCAUGUAUAGUAGCCACUAAAAGUUCUACUUCUGUGCUGGCUUUCUUGUUUUAAAACUAAAAAAAAUUCCACAAUGCUUGCCAGUUAGAGAAGUAGUGUGGCCAAAUAUACAAUGCACUUGUGUUUCGACACGUCUCUUGGCCCAUGGAAUAUCUGUAUUGGUGACAGAGGCAUCAGUUUUAUAAGUGAAAACUGGAAAUAUGUAUUUCUAUAUAUAUCUAAACAUACUAGAUAGAUUAGGAGACAUGACAACAGUACACAUCUACUCCUGUCAGGAAACAGAUCAGCAUUAUUCCAGUUGAUUUAGAGCUAUUUAAUCUCUUUUUAUUCUGAAAACACAUCUGUGCACCAUGGGUGAAGCAUCUAUAAUAGUGUUUUGAUAAUGUAUAUAUUUGACAAAUUAUCUAAUGUAUGUAUCUUAACAGAAAACAAGUAUGACACAUAUAUGCAUGUUUUGCAAUAUAUGCUCAAUUUCAUAUGGUGUAUGUUCAUAAACCUAUUCCCAAACUGCGUCCAGCUACCCAUUUAUGUGUGAAUUACUAUAUUGCAACCUUUGCUUUUCAAGGCACACAAUUGUCCCCAUUCCUUGCACAGACAUGACUUCUGAACUUCCUAGUAACUUGACAGGACAUCAUUGAAUGGACCUGCACAACACUAUCUUCAGAGUAAUAGUAAGCAUAUCAUGAGCUGGAAAGAUUUUUUUUUUCUUAUAGAAAGUCAAUAAUUUUAAAAUAUUAAAAAAAUAUAAAAGAUAUAUUUAUUUACAUUAAUAUAAGACAUUAAAGUGAGGGCUCAGACAAGGACAUAGAUAGUAAUCUUAAACACAAAUGUAAGAGAAGACUUAACAACUGAGUACAUAGUUUUCUUUUUAGAAUGUAUAUGUCUGAGGGGUGGAGGUGUAUAAGGAUGUCAAAAGUUUUGUGUCCACAUGUUGAUAUCAAUAAUAAAAAAAAAUGAUGUUUC